AUGAAACAAGUAUUAUUAUUAGGUUCAGGUUUUGUAGCAAAACCAGCUCUUGAUUACCUCUUAAAGAGAGAUGACAUCCAUGUUACUGUUGUCAGUUUAUUUAAAAACGAAUUAGAAUCAAUUUCAAAAGAUUAUGACAGUUCAAAAAUCACAACUGUUCAAUUAGAUAUAAUGAACAAUGUUGAUGGUUUAGACGAAUAUAUUGCAAAAUCUCAAGUCACUAUUAGUUUAAUUCCAGCAACUAUGCACCCAUUAAUCGCAAAAAAAUGUAUCCAAAAUAAAGUACAUUUAAUUACUGCAAGUUAUACAUCACCAGAAAUGAAAGCAUUAAAUGAAGAAGCAAAAGCAGCAGGAGUUUUAUUAUUAAACGAAUUAGGUUUAGAUCCAGGAAUUGAUCAUAUGUCAUCAAUGAAAAUUAUCGAUCACGCUAAAGCAAACAAUGGUAAAGUUGUAUCAUUUGUAUCAUGGUGUGGUGCCCUCCCAUCAAUGGAGUGUGCCAAUAACCCAUUUGGAUAUAAAUUCUCAUGGUCACCAAGAGGAGUUUUAUCAUCAGCCGGUCUUGCUGCCACCUUUUUAUGGAACACUCAUUUAGAAGAUGUACCAGCCGAUAUUAAAUGGGAUGUUCUUCAACCAAUUGAAAUCGAAUACAACGGAACUAAACUCGAAUUCGAAGGUGUACCAAAUCGUAACUCAUUACCAUACAUCGAAUCAUAUAACUUAAAUGAAAAAGAUGUUACUACAAUGUUCAGAGGCACCCUUCGUUGGAAAGUUGGUUUUGGUGUUAUGAUCCGUGCCUUAUCAACUGUUGGUCUUUUCUCCACUGAACGUGAUGAGCGUCUUAAUGCUUCCGACCUCACAUGGCGUAGCUAUUUAGUUCAAUUAUUAGGUUGUAAUGAUAAUGAUGACGAUCUUCUCUAUUGCUUAGAAUCAACUAUUAAAGAAAGAUUCACCAAACAAAAACAAGAAGGUAACUCAAAAGGCUUCCACUUCCCAAUCGUCGAUAGAGAUGUUGCCGCUGAUACCAAACAUGCCAUUGAAGGUUUCAAAUGGUUAGGACUUUUAAAUGGUGAAGAAAAAGUUACAAACAAAGGUACUCCAAUUGACAGUCUCUGUGUUCUUUUAGAAAAAAAACUUUCAUAUGUCGCUGGUGAACGUGAUAUCGUCGUUCUUCAACACGAAUUCGUUAUCGAAUAUCCAGAAACUGGUCGUGUCGAAAAAGAAUUUUCAUCACUUGUUUGCUUUGGUAUUCCAAAUGGUAGCUCUGCUACCUCACUCACUGUUGGUGUCCCAGUUGGUAUUGCCGCCGAACUCAUCCUCGACGAUAAAACAACUUCACGUGGUGUUAUGGGUCCAGUUACACCAGAAUUCUAUUUACCAAUUUUAGAAAAAUUAAAAUCAGAAAAGAUUGAAAUGAUCGAAACCAAACAUGAAAUUAAAAAAUAA